UAGUUGCGGACGACGGUCACACUGCAAAACCAAACCGGCUGCGCAAAAAUUACAAUAAUUUGUAAUUAAAAUUAAUCAAUUUUAUUUAAUUUCGUAACAAUGAGCAGCGAGUGUCGGAUCUGCGGCGAGCGGAUAUUCACGCCGCACCCAAAGAACAUCUUCGAGAAGCGCAAUCAUCGCAUUCGGAUGGCCAUCGAGCAAAUCACGGGCUUAGAGAUCGUUUUGGAGAAGAUGCUGCCCCAGCACAUAUGCGCGUGUUGUCUCCUGGACCUGUCCCAAGCCGUAGCCUUCAGGCAGCGAUGCCUGGAUACGCACGCAAAUCUCCACCAGAGGAACUCCUCGAAGACGGGUGUCGCCUCAAAAGGCUCCCCGGAGGUUUUGCCAGUGCAUAGUGAUCCGCUGCUGAAACGGGAGGUGCUGGAUGACACCGAGGACGAUAAGGAGCUACUGGACGAUGAUAAGGAGUUAUUGGAUGAAGAUAAGGAUUUCUUGGAGGACGAAAAGCCGAUUUUAAGAUUUCCUCCGCCCAAAAAAAUCAGGCUUGAGACCCAAAAUUUAUCGAACAGCCAGUCUCCACGAGUCAGGGUCAAGCGCCUUCGUGUGCCGGUGGUCGAGAAGGCAGAUAGUCCACCGCCACCUCCGCGGGAGCUCGUCCGAAAGCCCAGAAAGCGGCGACCGAAACCCAAGGUCGAUCGCUCGAUAAAGCGAUACGUGUGCGACCAGUGCGGUUGGUCGUUCAACGAUCACAGCAACAUGAAGGAUCACAAGCUGCGGCACUUCGAGGAGAAGUUUUCGUGCGACGAGUGCGGCCGCAAGUUCUACACCAUGCCACUGCUCCGAUUGCACAUUCGAGUCCAUCACAAGGGCGAGAAACCGUACGUCUGCAAGUUCUGCGGUAUGGGAUUCGCCAAUAGUCCCAGCCGCUGUCGUCAUGAACGUCAAAUGCAUGCCAACGAACUGGUCCACCCGUGCAAAAUAUGCGGCAAACGAUUUAACAGCGAAAAGGGAAGGCAGAAGCACGAGGAGGGGCACAAGAGUGACCAACCGGAUGUCCACAUCUGCCUCACCUGCAACAAGGAGUUCAAGGAGGCGCAGUUUUUGCAUCGGCACUACUCCACAAAGUAUCACCGCAAGCGGGUCAACUUGCUGGUGAAUGACCCGAAAGAGGAAUUCCAGUCAGAAGGUGAUCCGGCGGAGAGUCCAGGAUAUAUGGAAGAGGGUCAGGCAGAAAUGGAGGAUAGCCAGGCUGAACUGGAUGUAAUACUAGAGAACAUAGAGGAGGAGCAAUAUGAGGACCACGAGGAACUUCAGGAUGUGGACGCGGAUUUUGAGGACUUCGAGUACGAUGAAGCCUUGGCGGAGGGAGAGGAGCUGUACACCUAACUUUAAGCCCAAACAAAAAUUCGAUUCUGUUGGCGCCACAAACUCGCCAAUGCCAGGGAUGCAGACUAUUUGACUUUUUCGGUGGUUCAGAGAACUCCUUUGAACCACCAACCGUACGAUUAGCACCAGCGUGGAAGGAAUUCCACGUCGGUCUUGGAUUUCAAUUUGUUAUAAAAUAUAUUUUAUUCUAAUUACA